UGAAUGUUAAAAAUAGAGGAACAAAACUACUCAAGACAAUUAAUAAAGCAAGAUAAAGAAUUAUCAUAAUUUAUAAAAUAUCUUGAGAUGUAAAAUGAAGUAGCUGAAAAAAAUAAAGAGAAAGAAUUUAGAAUGAAACAGAAAGAAUCAAUCAUAUUUGGUUAAAGGUAAGAGAAGAAAUAAGAACGCGACUUUUAAACUAGAUUAAAGUAAUUAGAAUUGUCAGCGAUUAGAGAAAAAUAUGAUGAAUCACAAACUAUGAAGAAUAAAGUAAUUGAGUAAUUAUCAUUCAGAAUCUUGAAUAAAGAUUAUAAAAUUAAGAGUAGAAGCAUUAAUAAAUCGUAUAAGAUGCUAAAAUGAAAAAAGAAGAAAAAGCCAAUCUAAGAAGUCUUUAUUUGAGAGAUUCUGUAGAUCAAGCAAUUACUAAGGCUAAUUAAAUUUAAUAACUUAAAAUAGAUCAAUUUAACUAUCAAUAAAUACGUAAAGACUAAUAUUUAUCAUAAUUAUAAAGUGAAUAGAACAUAAAAUAACUUGAAAAAUCAAUGACUUUUUAAAUUAAGUAAGAGUUGAAUGAUUCAAAUUACAAGAAGGCUUAAGAAAUCUUAGAUCAAAGAAUUUAUAAAACUUUAGAUAAAUUGAAUUAUAAAGAUUCAUUAUCAUAAUAAAUUUAAAUAGAAAAUGAGAGAAAAUUAAAUAAUAAAUUAUUUUCUUAAAAAGCAUUAUUAGAAAAUGGAUUAACAAAUGCAGAUAACGCGAAAGUUAGAUUUGAAUAAAAUUUGAAUAUGAAAAAAUCGAUGACAGAAUAUAAAAUGAAUAAAUUAGAUUAAAUGAUGUAAAUAAUUAAUUUAUGUUCUAUUAGAAGGGAGAAGCAAAUGCUAUAGUAAUAAGAAAGAGAAACAAGAGCUAUGGUAGAAAAAAAGAAGAAUUAAUUAAAAGAAGAAUUUGAAAGAAAAAUGAACUUACUUUAUAAACAAAAAUAAUGA